AUGGCCUACAUUGGCAACACUGCUCAACUAUUCCAGGCCAUUGCCGAUAAUGACGUUGAAACCGUACGUGAAUGGCUUACAAGGGAUGAUGCCGAUCCAAACCGCCGUGAUCACACUGGAAGAGCUCCUUUGCAUUUAGCGACCAUGGUUUCUACUCCGGAGAUCGUACAGUGUCUUGUUGACCAUGGAGCGCGAUUAAUCGCACGUCUUGCAGACGGACGCAUGGCUUUACAUCUCGCAGCGGAGCGCGGUAGUGUUGACAUUGUUCGCAUUUUACUCCACAAGAGCGAGGAGAAUGAAGAAGCAGAAGAAGAGAAAAAGGACCAGCAACGUGCGGCAAAGUCAAAUACUCAAGCCGAAACCGAAGAUGUUGACAUGACCGACCCUGAUAAUAUGGUGGUUGUUAAUGAAGACCUUGAGGACUCUGAUGAGGAUAAAAUGUCCUUGAUAACAGGUUCAUUUGUUGACGUUAAAAAGGAAGAUGUUAAAAUGGGAAACGAGGAAGCCAUUCCCGAUGACAUUGACGAAUCUGAGCCGGAUAUCAUAGAUAUUAACGCCGAUGCUUGGGACUGUCAUGCAACCCCCUUGCAUCUUGCCAUAGUCCAUGGUCAUACAGAAGUUGUGAAGGAACUUGUUUCCGCCUUUGGAGCAGAUGUUCUUCUUCCCAUAAAGCUUCCUAAGAUCAACCAUCUGGACCCAGUGUCGAUUCUCCCCUUAACUCUACCCCUGAGGCUAUCCCAAGAUCAGGCUGUUAUCAUGACUGAGGCUCUCCUGAAGCUUGGUGCCACCCCAGCACAAGCCGAUUCAACCGGAAGAACUCCUUUACACUACUUCGCUGCCCGCCGCCGUCCAGCGCUCUUUGAUGUCCUUAUAAAGCAUGAUCCGUCUGCUGUCAAAAGGGCAAUAGAUCACUUAGCCGUUGAAGAUGUCUAUUAUAGAACCUAUGUCGAAUCUGUUUUAACUGUUGCCGUGGACUCGAGGCACUCUGAUAUAGUCGAGAAACUCCUUACCCUCGGAGCGCCUCCAGAUAUCAACUUUAGCAAGUAUAUACAGAUUGCUAUUCGCCAGUGUGAGUGGCUGAAGACUCGUGAUGCCGAUGCCAACCUCAAAAGCUUCCAACAAAAUGUUAUACAGCCAAUUGUAGCUGCUAUCCUGACGGAUCAACCCUUGGUUGCCCUAAAAUUGCUUCAGAAUGGAGUGGAUCCAAACACAUUAUCAACCUUUGGAUAUACUAUACUUUCGGAGAAGCAUUCUAGCAACCCGGGUGAGUCAUUAAUGGAUCUUGUUGAUGCAAAAAUCUGCCUUCUACAGGACUAUAAAGAGUCUUGCAAGAAUAUACCACCAACUCCAUUGCAGAGUGACGAGGUAUAUCUGGCCGAAUAUCCCGAGGGUAGCUGUCAGCUUUGCUUUGCCAAAGAGCGUCUUGAGCGAGAAAAGGCUUCUUUCAAGAGGCGACAGGAAGAAUAUGAGAAGGCAAUUCAAGAGGCUAAGAACCGCAAAGGUUUGGAAGAAAAGAGCGAUGCCAUUACCGCCCUCCUGCAUGAUUUCCAAGCACUUCACUCGGCUUUGAUCAUGAAGGGAGCAAAAACAUUCAAAGAGCUACAUCCAGAUGCCAUUUGCAUGAACCACAGACAGUCUAGGGUAUUUACACCAGGUAAACCUGGAGAAUUCAAGAUUGACUUCAAUUUUAAUGCGGCUGAUCUUUCCGGCGGGAGGAAGGAAGGUUACAUAAAACUAUUUGAAGCUGCAUGGUCUGGUGAUAUAGAGACCAUCAAGUCACUAACGCUCGACAUGUGGGGUCCCGAUAAACAAAUGUCUCCUCUCGUAAUCUCCGUGAACGAAAGCAUGGGAGCUUCUCCAUUUUCGAUAGCUGUCCUUAGGGGUCAUUUUGAUGUUGCAAAGGCCAUUCUUCAAAUUGUUCGAGCACAGUACAAGCCAAAGGCUGCUACUCGACAGACCUAUCAUAUGCAAUCUGACGAUGAAGAAGAUGAAUCUGAUGCGGGAGGGACGCAGGAAGAAGAUGGGCUUCAGAUCACUGGUGAGGGCGUUUGUGAUGAACUUACCAUUGAUAACAUUGGUGAAGUUGCAACACAGGCAGAAAGCAACGUUUCACCGCUCGAUGUCCUUCAACAGAGUUGCCGAGCCAGUCUUAUUGCAGAUCCCAGUGCCACUGAGCAUUCUUUGAGCCAUAUAAACCUUUUCAACUUUGCCGUUGGGCAGGACAAUAUUGAAUUGCUGCGGUUCCUGCUGGAUCUUGGACAAUCUGAAAUUGUUAGUGGUGCCUUUGAUGGCCCUUACGAAUUGCUCUCCAGCACAAAUCUCAAUGACGCCCUAAGAGACGGACAGCCACGAUGCAUUGCCUUGAUCAUUAGCCGGACUGGAGCUCACCUACCACUGGACAAGUUUGUGGAAGAGGGUGGAAUCACUAUCAAGCAAAAGCCAAAGUAUUAUCAAGGUCUGUCGAUUCACGGGAAGAAGCGCGAGGACUGGGCUGCAGCUGCAGGCCAAGAUGCCCCUUCACGCAUAAGCAGCGAAUCGGACAUACCACUUCUCCGUGCUGCUCUGGCUGGCAGUCUGGUCAAUGUCGAAUGGUUCCUCAGCACUGCCCCCAAGAGACAUUAUAUGGAGUUUGCAAACUCCAACAAGCAGGAUAAGCGGCUAAGAAAGCUAUCACAGCUGCCUGGCGGAGUAGAAAAAUUCAUUGAAAAAUGGCUUAGCUCAAGAAACGACUUGCUCCUGCAUUGUGCCAUUAUGGGCAGAGAAACAGAUGAGAGCCUGAAACUGGUCAAUUAUAUUAUAGAAAACGCGCCAAGCUGUCUCGAAAAGAAAUCCUCUCAAGGAUACACUCCUUUACUCCUUGCCUUUUCCAAACGCAGACCCCGUUUUGCUAAGGUUCUCAUUGAGGCUGGCGCCAACGUGGAGGCUCGUGAUGUGCUGGGCAAUAAUAUCCUCCAUAUCCUAAACAAACCGAAUGGUUCAUACAGUUCCUUGGAUACAAAUCUAAAGGAGCUCCUGGACUUGAUCGAUCCUUCAGUGGUCUCUUCACUCCUUACCUGCCGCUCGGCCGAUGGCCCUGGAGCACUGACACCUUUCGCUGCUUGGAUAAAUCACCUAAGUUCACACCAUAUACGGGUUAGCGGCACCCCCGUCCAAAUAACGAAGCUUCUACUUGACUUUGCCAAACCAACGGGCCAAGCUCACCUUGAACUCCUUGAUGGAUCCGGAAACACGCCUCUUCACAUUGCUGUGAGGGAGAAAUUUACUCCGAUCGUCAGGUUGAUGUUGGAAUGCAACCCCAAGCUUCUCACCAUAGAGAACUCAACGGGAACUACCCCUAUGGAUCUCGUGAGAGAUGGAUGGACUACCAACGCCACUACGACCUCUCCAAAGUUACCAGAGCGUACAAAUGUACCCCAAUGGAGAAAACCGGAUUACUCCCCGGCCGUUUUGAGCAAGGACCCUGAAUCAUUUGUUUCCAAGACUAAGCAAGACACAUGCGAUCAUUCUUCCCUUUAUAAAUUAUGUCUUGGAGUCUGGGGCCGACUGAACCAGAAAAAGCGGAAGCUUGUGAGUCUCCUUGAAGCUAACGAGGUUGCGAAACGGGUGGAGAGAAGAGUAAGAUCAACGCAUACUCGCACGAGGGUUGUGAGAGCUUAUGAUACUGAUAAUAUGGCUGGUGGUCGGCGCGCGAGACGGCGCGCAGGAUAUGGCUAUUCAGUGAGUGUGAGAAGCUCCGACGAAGAGGAUGAGGUUUCAAAGUGGCAUGAACUGUACUAG